GGAGCCGUCGGGGGAUGGAUAAUGCCUCUUGAAUAGCUCGGGCAGGACCUCGCUCACCCCAGAAAGCUCAGGUCUCUGCCGCCACGCCGAUUUGCAGACUGAACACUUGAUUUUGCAGGGCCUGGUUUGAGAGCCACUGUCCCAAAUUACCAUGCGAGGAUCGCUGGAGCCUGGGGUCCCUGCCGCCUGCCCAGAGGAGUGCUUGGAGGAGCGUGGCUUGAUCUCCCUCUUGUGGAAAAUUAUUGGAACUAAAUUCUUGCGAUAUUAAAGAGGCAAAGAACUGCAUCGACUGACAGAUGAUGGCGGUCGUCACCACGCCGCCUGCCGCUCUCAGCGGCCCCCAAGGAAGCGAGGAGAUGGAUUCCCUGAUCGUACUGCAUUACAAUUACACAGGAAAGCUUAUUCUAAGAGAAAAGGCAACUGAUAAAGUAGACCUGCCAACUAUUGCAUUUCUCAUCUUAUGUAGCUUUAUAGUCCUGGAAAACUUGAUGGUGUUGAUUGCCAUUUGGAAAAACAAUAAAUUUCACAACCGCAUGUACUUUUUUAUUGGCAAUCUAGCUCUCUGUGAUCUUCUAGCUGGAAUCGUUUACAAAGUAAACAUACUUAUGUCUGGGAAGAAAACUCUGAGCUUGUCCUCCACAAUCUGGUUCAUUAGGGAAGGCAGCAUGUUUGUUGCCCUAGGAGCUUCCACUUUCAGCUUAUUAGCAAUAGCUAUUGAGCGGCAUUUGACUAUGAUUAAAAUGAGGCCUUACGAUGCGAAUAAGAAAUACCGAGUGUUCUUGCUCAUUGGAACAUGCUGGCUGAUUUCGGUCUCCUUGGGUGCCUUACCCAUCCUCGGUUGGAACUGUAUAAACAACUUACCGGAUUGCUCGACAAUUUUGCCUCUUUAUUCCAAGAAGUAUGUUGUGUUCUGCAUAAGUAUCUUCAUAGCCAUUUUGGUAGCUAUCGUUAUCCUUUAUGCACGUAUCUACAUCCUGGUGAAGUCCAGCAGCCGCAACGUUACUAACCACAAUAACUCCGAGCGCUCCAUGGCUCUCCUUCGGACGGUUGUGAUCGUCGUCGGCGUCUUCAUUGCCUGUUGGUCGCCGCUCUUCAUUCUGUUCCUCAUCGAUGUGGCCUGCAGGGUCAAGGAGUGCUCCGUCUUGUACAAAGCCAACUGGUUUAUUGCUUUGGCUGUCAUCAAUUCUGCAAUGAAUCCCAUCAUCUACACUUUGGCCAGUAAGGAAAUGCGUCGGGCUUUCUUUCGCCUUGUUUGUGGCUGCCUGGUGAAAUCCAAAGUGGCCAGAUCUUUGCCUAUUCAGCCCACGCCAGAUCACAGUCGAAGUAAAUCCAGCAGCAGCAAUACCCAGAAGCCAAAGGAUGAUUUCCCGCAGAUGAAUGUUCCCUCGGGUAUCACUGAGAAAAAUGAAUCUUCAUUUCACAAUGGAAAUUUCUGUAAAUAACAGACUGCUCAAGACGAGGACUGUUCUGUGGCUUUUAGGGUUAAACUACAAAUGCAGUUCUGAUGUUCUUGCACUUAAAUCAUAGGGGAAAACACUAACCACUUAUUUAACUUUGAGGACUUAUUUAUCAGCAAUCAUUUGCUUUGGGUAUUCGUUCAGCAACACACCUGAUUCAGGAAAACUUGUCAUGCUACCUACCCAACAGCCAGGACAAAGUCCAUGCAUGUCCAAUGACAUUGUGCACCGUGAAGGCAUUGCAUAUUAUAUGAUUAUGUGUAGCACUGCCUGAUCCUGCAAGACGUGUAUAAAAUCUUUCAGAAACAUCACCAUUCGCUAAACACUGUUGAUGAUCGGAAAAUGAGCCUGAUUAUCACUGAUUGGGAAAAGGGCUCAUUACAUAUGUUGGCAAUUAUAGUUCUCUAUAUGUAUCUUGCUGUUAUGUUAAUGGCCUUACAUGUAUGUGGUAUAAAUAGCUGUAUAUUUGUACAAUUCCUUAUUAAAAAGUCAUUGUUUGGCAAGAGUUUACAGUAUGCUAAACAUUAUAUUGCAGUACACAAUGUAAGAUGACAAAUUAUACAAGUAGAUAGAUGUGUUUCAAAGAUGUUUGAAAACAUACCAGGAAGUACCUUUAAACUGACAGAGGAACUUUAACAUGCCAUAUCAAUGCAGUAUUUCUAUUUUUUCACUGUUACUCAAACUUUUCAUGUUCAGUGAAAGACAGCAUGACAGUUGUCACUGUGACAUUUCACAACUUAUUUUAAACAAACAGUAGUAAAUAACAAACAGUAGCAAAUAACGAUUGAGAAAGGAUAUAUACGUUUGUUAUUUAAAAUAGUUAAAAUGUGACCCAACAAUACACAUAUAGCAAGUGUAUGUACUUUGUUAAUGCAUAUAUUUUUACUUACUAUUUUCAAUGUAUUUAAAAAUGUAUGUCAAACCCGUGUAAACCUGUGUACGUUGUAAAUGCACUACCUUAGCUGAGGCUCUUCGGUUCUCAAAGAGAGGAGUAUCAUUUCAGAAAGCAAUGAACCACAACUGGGUUUUCUUGUGGCAUUCCUAGUUUUCUCUCCAGGUGCUACUGUGGCAUGGAAUUGUAUUAUGGAUUCUGUCAGGGAAGAAGUCCAGCUAGCGGGACAAGAUCCUACUGUCUGUCAAGGGGACCUUAUGCUUCUCCCACCUCUGGGUGCUUUUGAAGACACAAGAGGGAAGAUACAGUACAGCAGGAUCACGGUGAAGCGACUAUCUCAAUAUACAUCUGACCCUGCCUUCGAUCUGGAAUGAGAGCCCAUGCAGUUUGGAAGACCUUCCACCUUUCCUGGAGCCCCAAACUUACUCUUUAGAGAGGCUGUUCCAGAGAAACCUCUAUGAAAACAACUCCAUAGUUCAUCACUGCCUUACCGGGUUCCAUUCAGGAUGGUGGUCCACUUCAGAGGGGGCUUCGGUGACCUGCAAGGGUUAAGACAUCAUAAACAUCUGGGGUUAGGUCCCCACAGACGUGGUCCAUGGUACUUCCAUCCAUAGUACUUCAGGGCUGGAAGCUUCAAUGGAGGCUGAAGGGAAAUCCUCAGAUGAGUUCCCAUCAUUCAGUAGGAAUGUAACCAUCUAGCCUUCUUGGGCUCUUGUGAAGAUUCCUGUUUAAUGUCUCAAACCACACCUUGCCUUAUGCACAAUCAGAAGUUGAGGCUUUUUUUAAGUUUACAACUUGUAAGAGCUCAUCCUUAGCUUUACUCCUGUCUCAGUCAUUUAAAGCAACAGCAUUAAAAGACUCUUUCCAAGUAUGUACAGUGUAUAAAUCAUGUAAUGUAUGUAGCAAAAGCCUUUACAAUAUAGAGGUUUGCAUUGCCAUUA